GGAUGGUGGUAGGGAAUGGCCUGGCUAAAAGGAGGCCACUUAGCAGCGGAGAGCCUCGCCUGGAGGGGGCCGCUAAGGUCGACAGUGACGGUGCAGUCUAGUCCCUCAGGUGAACACACAGUGGGGGAGUUUCCAGCGACUCUGUGGAAGGAAAAGCCACGCGUGGGAAGAUCUUAUUAUGUUUACUUUGAGAAUUCCUCCAGCAACCCAUACCUAAUCAGAAGAAUAGAAGAACUGAACAAGACUGCAAGUGGCAACGUGGAAGCAAAAGUAGUAUGCUUUUAUAGACGACGUGAUAUCUCCAACACGCUUAUAAUGCUUGCCGAUAAGCAUGCUAAGGAAACAGAGGAAGAAACCGAGAUGACCGUUGAGGCUGACCUCACUGAGAAGCAGAAGCAUCAGUUGAAGCAUAGGGAACUCUUUCUGUCUCGCCAGUAUGAGUCCCUGCCCGCCACACACAUCAGGGGGAAAUGCAGUGUGGCCCUGCUGAACGAAACAGAAUCGGUGCUGUCCUACCUUGACAAAGAGGAUGCUUUCUUCUACUCGUUGGUGUACGACCCUUCAGUGAAGACGUUAUUGGCUGACAAGGGUGAAAUCAGAGUGGGUCCAAAGUACCAGGCUGACAUUCCAGACAUGCUCCCCGAAGGAGACUCAGAUGAGAGGGAACAAUCAAAAUUGGAAGUAAAAGUUUGGGAUCCCAAUAGUCCGCUUACGGAUCGACAGAUUGACCAGUUUUUAGUUGUAGCCCGUGCCGUCGGGACGUUCGCCCGUGCCCUGGAUUGCAGCAGCUCCGUGAGGCAGCCUAGCUUGCAUAUGAGCGCGGCUGCAGCCUCCCGAGACAUCACCCUGUUCCAUGCCAUGGAUACGCUGUACAGGCACGGCUAUGACCUGAGCAGUGCCAUAAGUGUUCUGGUGCCACUUGGAGGGCCGGUCCUGUGCCGAGAUGAGAUGGAGGAGUGGUCGGCCUCCGAAGCCAGCUUAUUCGAAGAAGCACUGGAAAAAUAUGGCAAAGAUUUCAACGAUAUCCGUCAGGACUUUCUCCCGUGGAAGUCCUUGACCAGCAUCAUUGAAUAUUAUUACAUGUGGAAAACUACUGACAGAUACGUGCAGCAGAAACGUCUAAAAGCAGCAGAAGCCGAGAGCAAGCUGAAACAAGUGUAUAUCCCAACUUACAGCAAACCAAAUCCCAACCAAAUAUCCACCAGCAAUGGCAAGUCCGGCACUGUGAAUGGAGCUGUGGGGACCACGUUCCAGCCCCAGAACACCCUCUCAGGGCGAGCCUGUGAGAGCUGCUAUGCUAUACAGUCUCACCAGUGGUAUUCCUGGGGCCCACCUAACAUGCAGUGUAGACUGUGUGCGACCUGUUGGCUGUAUUGGAAAAAGUAUGGCGGUCUGAAAAUGCCCACCCAGUCAGAAGAACAGAAGUCUCCCAGCCCUACUGCAGAGGACCCACGCGUGAGAAGCCACCUGUCCCGGCAGGCCAUGCAAGGCAUGCCGGUCCGGAACACCGGGAGCCCCAAGUCUGCGGUGAAGACCCGCCAAGCUUUCUUCCUCCAUACUACAUAUUUCACAAAAAUUGCUCGUCAGGUCUGCAAAAACACCCUGCGGCUGCGGCAGGCAGCGAGACGGCCGUUUGUUGCUAUUAAUUAUGCUGCCAUUAGGGCAGAAUAUGCAGACAGACACGCCGAACUUUCUGGAAGCCCACUGAAAAGCAAAAGCACUAGGAAACCUUUGUCAUGUAUCAUUGGGUAUUUAGAGAUCCAUCCUGCCAAGAAACCUAAUGUAAUUCGAUCUCCGCCGAGCCUGCAAACUCCAACUACCAAGAGGAUGCUCACCACUCCGAAUCACACAUCCUUGAGCAUUCUGGGGAAAAGAAACUACAGUCACCACAAUGGCCUGGAUGCCUCCAAGAUUCGGAUGGUGAAUUCUCUGAUUUUCGGAAGGGGAGGACAUGGACUCACAAGCCUGCAACUAGAGACUGUAAAAGAGCUUGCUUUUGUGGCAUCGGUUGGCCAGAGGGCAGAGUCUCCGAGUCCACGGGCUUCAAGUACUUCUGAGUAGUCAAACCAAUAGGGAGCGUUUUGCAGAAAACAAAAACUUACCUGCUGUGUGUCAGACUGAGCUAUCCCUCUUCCAUCCUGUACUUCAAGACCUGCUACUGUCCCCGCUGGUGGUCACAGCCAUGCCUGGAAAGAAGGUGGCUCCUUCAGUGGGAGAGCUCCGAGUACACCCCUUGGCGUCCUAGAGGGGCCGGGGAGAAACUGUAGGAGCGCGCCGUCCGUAUCCGCGACUCCGUGUGUGAACCAGAGACACCUAGCUUCCUUCCCAGAGACCUUGCUGUCCCAGAAUGGACGUGUCUGAGAACUGAGGCGAGCAGGGAGCCACUAGCCAGCCUCCUUACUUCCCAGUUCCCAACUCCCAGGAGCUGGAGCUCAGCCAUGGAGGCUGCUGCGAGCCCGGAGCCCCACUGCCCUGCAUGUGCCCACCCUACUGUUUCCUGCUGUGAAGUGAUGCACAGGAGGGACAUGGCAUCUUUCUGAGCGGCUUCUCCUUCAGGAUGUGCCGCUCUUCCUGCGGUUCCUAACAUGGCCCUGCCUUUGCUAUUGUGUCUCUCGGCUUUUUUCAAUAGGCUGCCUUUCUCUCCUCACGGAGGAAAUGACUCUUUCUGCAUCCCACGCAGGGUUUACUCCCACCCUCUGUGGGGCCCGAGGGUCUGGGGAGCAGACGGUUCUUGACCUUGGCCAGCCUGCAAGCGGCUCUCCGCAUCUGCUCUGUCGCUGGAGAGACGCUGGGUUGAACUGGUUUCCGUUCGGUCCUGGGGCGCCCCACAGAAAGCGGGUGUUAAUUGUGCCAAGCGUGCGCCAUCACUGUGACAAGCUGUUGGCUUCCUGCCCUCUUCCCUUAUAGCUAAACCAGCUGACAAAGAUCUGUAGCCGGGCUGGAGGGAUCCUUUAGUGGGUCACAAAUCUCCCCCCCCCCCAUUUUAUUUUAAGUAGACUCUGUUGGGCCUGAGGGGUGGGGUAAAGGAUGGAAAUCCUAUUUGUAGAUAUGAAUCGAUGUAGGUGGCUUUGUGAUCCCUCACUCCUCCAGCUUUUUAGUGAGCAUGUGUGCCGGGGCCCCUGGAGACCUGCCUGUUUUAUUGCCCUGGAUCCAAGCCCUCAGUGGCAUCCUAGAUGGCUCCUCUGCCAGCCUCCACACUCAGUUACAGUCACCAAAGUAACUCCCUGAGCAGAGGACGUGGCCACCUCUCCAUUAGCAGGGACAGGCUGUGGAGCACAGAGUCCCAGUACUGACAAGACAAAUAGAAUCUGACCUUGCAGCCACCUUGGGGCCUGUGUUUUAAAGCAGCUGGGCGGCUGGGAGGAGGGACUCCCAAGCAGAUGGUUGCAAGACAGGGUGGCCACAGCUGGAACUGACGCCCCCACCCACCCACCAAGAAGAAUAAGUUGUCACAAAAAUGAUUUGAUGUCUGGAAGUCGGUGUUCCAUGCAGCAGAGAGAAGGGGUGUGUGGCCGAGGACAGUGGUCAGAGUUCCAGCUGCCUUGUCCUCUCCCAGGACUCUCUAGGGAGGAAUUGCUUUUCGUUAUAGGCCUCUACACAGCUGUGACAAGUUCCCACCAUGGCUGGGCCAUGGCUUGGGACCUUGGGGCUUGGUCAGCGGUGCUCCAUGAAACAGGUGUGGGUGGGGUCACUUCCCUAUAGUGUUCCCAUCAGCAAAGACCCAAGAGAUGGAGCAGCCGACCAUUGGGGUAUUUCUUCUCCGGAGGAAAAGGAGAUAAGAGGAUGGCGUCUCUGGCCCCACCCUGGGUUCGUGUGGCCUACAGACAUGGGGAGGAAUUCUUGCCUCCCUGUUCGCUUUCCUCUUCUACCCUGUUGUCAAUGAGUGACCGACAGCUCACCCUGCUAACCGUCAGUCACCCUGACUGCUGAGGCUUCAUUCUCUCUACCAGGUCCGGGAGAUCUGGAGAAGGUCCUCCACAGGGCUGGUAGAGAGGCACAGGAGGCCUGCCCUAGCCUAGGUCACGGUCAGCUUUGGGAAAAGCACAGCUCAUUUUGAGCCCCUUGGACCCAGAAUGUUCUGUCUCUCCUUGUUUGUGAGAGCUGGCUUUUGUAGCCCUGUCUCCCGACGUAACUAAGCAUUUUUUUUUGUUCCACCUGAUAACUGGGAAGACCCAGAAUGCUGAAGGAAUGCUCCAGGGUCAAUAAGACAGGGACCCGGUCCUUUGCCUUUGUCUUUCUGAGCACGUGGUGCUGAGAGGGUUUCCGGGCACAGCCUUUCUGGGUGCCCACAAUGCUGCCAUUGUGUAUGUCAAUGGCAUGUCCCUGUUGCUCAGUGACAGAUGAGUGGGCGAACAGGCUAUCUUCACAGGCACACAGUAGUGCUAGACCCCCUGGGAGGACACAAGAAGGCGUCCCUUCUGUCCCCGGAUAUUGCCACCACUCUAAUAAACUAAGGGUGUGCAGAAGAGUGGGACCCAAGGAAGUUGCUGGAAGCUCCCACAGUACUGCCUUGCCUGUGGCCCAGUGUCUGUCACUCAGGGCCCAAUCAGGAAAGCAAAACUUGUUCUUAGGAUUCAUACAGAAGCAGGAAGAGCAGGGCUCAGGGGAAGAAGCACAGGUCAGCUGUACACAGUGAAGAGGCCGUGUUACCAUAGGUCAGGGCCGCUGGGAAGGAGCCAAAGCCAUGAGGAGUCAGAGGGGAGAAAGAACUUGGCCUCUCCCUCCCGCCCUGUGGGUUUUUUUGGUCUCCCCCCCCCCCCCCCACUAGCUGGCUCCAGCAAGAAGCCAACUACCCUGGGAGCUUGCAGGCUCAGCCCCCAGCAUGCAGCAGGGGAGAGCUGGGGAGGGCUGAUGAGGAGCAGCCCUGUGGCAGGUGCACCGCUGUGUGUCUUCAGAGCUUGGCCGGUCCUCGGCAGUGCUAAGACCUUGGGGAAGGAGGUGCAGGAGUGGCCUGCUUGGGUUUUAUAGAUUGUUUUCGUUCUGUUGGGGACAACAGAGCAAGAGAAAGCCUUUCUUUACAAUUGUCCCUGCUUUCCUUUGGAGGAAUCUGCCCACUAAAACGCCCUGCCUGUGCUUCCUCCUGGAAAGCCACGUCCUGGUUUCUGUGUGCCCCGCCUGCCUGUUCCUCUCCUCCGAGUCUCUGGUUCCCCCUUGCCAUGAGCACUAACCAGAGCAGGCCUCAGUGCUCGGGAAAGCCCUCUCCCACGCCAUGCCAGUGUGGCCUGUCUGUCUGUAGGAGAGGCUAUCUACAUGUCAGUUUGUAUUGUGUUUCCAAUAAAUUUCUGGAAAUCAUA